ACCGCGGCGGUUUAACUUGGUCCAGUACGCUGGCAGAUAAAUAUCCGAUAAAUAUUGAGUAGCCAUCUUUCCCCAGAAAUCACCACCGUUUCAACACCUCCAUCAUGUCCCCCGAUAGCACAAUUGCUGAUGGGCAGUUCCCUCAGCAUGCGCCAAAAGCUACCUUUGACCAUAAUAAAGUUACUGUUAUCUACAUUCUUGGUGGACCGGGAGCUGGUAAAGGUACACAAUGCGGGAGGCUAGUGGAAGACUUUGGCUUUUGUCACCUUUCAGCUGGCGAUCUUCUCCGUGCAGAGCAGAAUCGCGUUGGCUCCCAGUACGGUAUCUUGAUACAGACCUGUAUUCGGGAAGGUACAAUAGUUCCGAUGGAAGUGACUGUCAAAUUACUUGAGAACGAAAUGACCGCCGAACUGCAGCGCAGGACAGGGGAUGGUUGGAAUGACGGUAGAGGCCGCUUUUUGAUUGAUGGUUUCCCUAGAAAAAUGGACCAAGCUAUCAAGUUUGACACAGAGGUGUGCCUUGCUUCUCUUGUAAUCUUUUUCACGACUUCAGAGGAGGUCAUGCUGGUGCGCCUUCUCGAGCGUGGCAAAACCAGUGGCCGCGAAGAUGACAACAUCGAGAGCAUCAAGAAGCGUUUUCGCACUUACAACGAUCAAACGAUGCCCGUCAUCCAAUAUUAUGCAAAAGAAGAUAAAGUGGCUGAGAUCGAUAGUACCGCUUCAAUCGAAGUAGUACACAAAGAAGCUAGUCAAGUCAUAAAGAACUUGUUUUCACGUGCACUUCCCUGAUUUUACCUUCAGCCUGUUUUCAAUUGUGACUGUGCAGCACAAAAUUCACUGAUAAUCUUGCAAAUUUUAUAUAACUUCUAUUUCUAUCAUGCGUAAACCUUGCACUCUGUGUUGUCGUUAUGCCCUUGUAAUGCUAAUCUGCAGGAGGCCUUGCCUCCUUUCUUGAUUUCAAGUAUGUCACCAUCAGAACACACAAGGUGUGCCCUCUCGUCGUCUUUAUUCUGUCAUAGCGUUGUUGGGUCAAACAUAUUAUUUACUCUGAUGUUUGUGUGGAAUAGCUUACCGGUAUCCAUUCCCACCCUCCGCAUCGGAUAUAUUCUACCACUGUUGGGCCAGAUCCUUCGUCAGUCACUCGACCGUCCUCGCCAUAUCGUAGUUUAGUAUGGUUUCCAUUGUUAUAAGCUGCAGUAAGGACCGCUGAUACCUUUUCCGCAAAGGCGACCCGCAUCUCAUGACUAUCAGGUUUAAAUGAUGGAUCGCGCUGAGGACGAAUUAUGACGACGUGCAUCGACUCUUGUUUGAGUGUAUCACGCGACAUGAGAGGCGCAAUGCAGAAGAAAGGCUCUAGGCGAUCGACGUUCACGGUGGAUAGAAAAUAUAUGGAAGGACCAUCUAGCUCAAUUUCUGAGUCGUGUUCGUUUUCCGAUGGGAAGGAUGUGAAAGCAUCACUCCGAGGGUCAUAAAUCUCUACUUUCCCAACCGAUGGUACAGGUAAAAGCUUGAUGGAGCUAUUAUACCAUCGGGUGCUAUUAUUCAUGGCAGCAACCUUGAAGCGCUCUAUCCC